GCAUCCUCCACUUCAUUCCUGCUGAUUAAUCUGCUGCUGCUGCUUUUUGGACCAAACUGUGCUGAAUAUUAACUGAGUUCCAGGAUGGAUGACAAGUCGUACUUGGUUAAGAUGAACGGGAACGGAGUCCACGGCAAAACCGCGCUCAACGCCAAAACCCUGAGUGGGACCGUGGUCAACGGGAGGGGGGUGCUGGGAAACGGCGUCAACCACGUCAGCAUGAACGGCAGCUUGUACCCGGCCAAGGUGAAGAGCCGCCGGCAGAGGUGGGAGGUGAAGCCCUCAGAGAUGGCCAACAACACGCUCAACCCCAUCAGGAGCAUCGUGGACGAGAUGAAGCUCACACCCAACAGAGACAAGCCCAUGAUCGCUCUCUCUAUAGGGGACCCCACAGUGUUCGGAAACCUGCCCACAGACCAGGUGGUGCUUCAGGCCGUGAAAGACGCCGUAGACUCGCAGAAAUUCAACGGCUACGCUCCCUCUGUCGGUUAUCUGAAGAGCCGACAGGCCUUGGCCAACUUUUACAGCUGCCCCGAGGCUCCACUGGAGGCAGAGGAUGUGAUCCUGACCAGCGGCUGCAGUCAUGCCAUUGACCUGGCUAUCAGUGUCCUGUGUAACCCCGGGGACAACAUCCUGGUGCCAUGCCCGGGCUUCUCCUUAUAUAAGACUCUGGCCGUCUCCAUGGGCAUCAACGUCAAACUCUACAACCUGCUGCCGGAAAAGUCGUGGGAGGUCGACCUGCAGCAGAUGGAGAGCCUGAUCGACGAGAGGACUUCCUGUGUGAUUGUUACCAACCCGUCCAACCCGUGUGGCUCCGUCUACAGCAAGGAGCAUCUGCAGAAGAUCCUCAAAGUGGCCUCCAGACACUGUGUUCCUAUUCUGGCCGAUGAAAUCUACUGCGAUAUGGUGCUACCAGGCUGCAGCUGUCCUUCCAUGGCGUCGCUCAGCAGUGACGUCCCCGUCAUCUCCUGCGGGGGUCUGGCAAAACGCUGGCUGGUCCCCGGGUGGAGGAUGGGAUGGAUCCUCAUCCAUGACAGGAAUGACAUACUUGGAUCUGCGAUUCGUCAGGGGCUGGUGAAACUGACCCAACGUAUUCUGGGAGCCUGCAGUCUGAUCCAGGGGGCGCUGGAGGGCAUCCUCAAUAACACGCCUCAAAGCUUCUACAACAACACCAUCAGCUUACUAAAGUCUAACGCAGAGAUCUGCUUCAACGAGCUGUCCACUGUCGCCGGCCUGAACCCCGUCAAGACCUCAGGAGCCAUGUACCUCAUGGUGGGGAUGGACAUGGAUCACUUCCCAGACUUUAAGAACGAUGUGGACUUCACUGAACGUCUGGUCACUGAACAGUCGGUCUUCUGUCUACCUGCCUCUGCCUUCGAGUAUCCCAACUUCUUCCGCAUCGUGUUGACGGUGCCGAAGGAGAUGAUGGUGGAGGCCUGCAGUCGGAUCCGGGAGUUCUGCCUGUGCCACUAUCGGCCCAACAGCCGCGAUAGUGGCAACGACCUGGACCAGUGAUGAAGACCAGAGGAUGGACUGAACUCUGGUCGCACACACUCAUCAUGUUUAACUCAAACCACAGACUGAGGCUGAUCAUGACAAGUUAGAAAAACAAAGGCUCAGUUGUCUAAUCAGAAAUCAGGUUUGUUUUUGCAAACAACCAUUUCAGAGCCUCCUUCAAAUCCUUCAUGGAGACGAAGGUGAAUAAAUCCACACGUGUAUAAAAUGUAAACUGAGAUUAUCCCCCGUUCAGUCACCGUCUGAUUGAUCCCAGAUGUUUACGUGCACCAUUGUUACGACAUAAUCACUUCCUGUGUGUGUGGCUCGCUGGUGCUUAUCCCCCCCACACGAAUCUGAUGUCAGAUCUGUUUUGAUAUUGUCGUCACUGUGGUAACGAGAAGCUGGUGAGCAGCGAAUCUGAUGUUCCGUUCGUGCUGUAAUUUUAUAUGUAAACCUUUGAAAUGAUAAAACCUAAUAUUUAUAUUUUAUAUGAGCGACGUAUAUUAACCUCUACUGGUUUUUGUGUAUUUAUAUAAUUUGUGUAGCGCUUUGUGAUGUAAUCUCUGUGAAAUCCACUGCAGGACAUCGGCUUGAUUCUUCUUCACUUUUACCUUUUGAUACUUUUCUUCACUUUCUGAUCGAUAAUUAGAGGAAUUAUUUUAUAUAAAUGUACAAUAUUCCUUUUUAUAAACAUUAUGUAUCUAUAAUCUUCUCUAUACUUUGCUUGUGCUUGAAAAUGAGUCUUUAUCAGAACUUUAUCUGUAUAUUAUUUGUAUGUUAAUUGUGUCAUUGAAAGUCAUUUAUACAUUUUAUUUAGUAGUUUUGUUGAUAGUUGCUUAAUAAAAUAAACUUGUUGACAUGA